UUCUGCCACUUUGCGCACCAGUUUUUCGAUCAAAUCCCGUUGCCCUCGAUUUGAUUCGUGUCGAUCAGUCUCUUCCGAUUCUGGAUUCCGAUCUCCGCCGACCCGCCGCCGCGACGAUCGCCGCGAUUCCGCCGCCGCAGUCCUCCUCCGGCGAGCGCCUUUGAAACGGUCCUCUCUCGCGGAGGCUGUCCGUUUGCGAGGGAUUUUUUUUUCUUUUUUUCCUUCCCUUUUGGCGCUUGCGUUUUUUUUUUUUUUUCGGCCUUUUGGCUUCGUCCACGAAAACGGAGCUUUCUCGGCACUCCUAUGGGCGAUCAUCUAGCUUGGUCGCCUGAAGCCAACGGCGACGUCUCGGAAGAUAGGUCAUCGUCGUCGUUGCCUUCGUCGUCGUCGUCGAGUCAGGCGGGGAUUAGCGCCGAGUUCCUGCAGAAGGCGGAGGAGGUGACUCGGGGGAUCAUUGCCCAGAUUCAACCGAAUUUCGUGUCGGAGGAGAGGCGAGCAGCUGUGAUUGAUUACGUGCAGAGGCUUAUCAGAAAUUGUCUCGGAUUGGAGGUAUUUCCAUUUGGUUCGGUUCCUUUAAAGACGUAUCUGCCUGACGGAGAUAUUGAUUUGACUGCCUUUGGGGGUCACCAUGCUGAUGAUUCCUUAGCCGGUCAAGUCUGUUCAGUUCUUCAAGGAGAAGAACAGAAUGAAGAUGCUGAGUUUGUGGUGAAGGACGUCCAAUUAAUUUGGGCUGAGGUCAAGCUUGUAAAAUGCAUCAUACAGAAUAUUGUGGUAGAUAUAUCGUUUAAUCAGCUAGGAGGGCUCUGUACGUUGUGCUUUCUCGAGCAGGUAGAUCAUCUCAUUGACAAGGAUCACCUCUUUAAACGCAGCAUUAUACUGGUUAAGGCUUGGUGCUAUUAUGAGAGCCGUAUACUUGGUGCUCAUCAUGGUUUGAUUUCCACAUAUGCGUUGGAGACAUUGGUUUUGUAUAUCUUCCAUCUGUUCCAUUCAUCUCUAGAUGGUCCCCUAGCGGUUUUAUACAAAUUUUUGGAUUACUAUAGCAAGUUCGACUGGGAUAAGUACGGCGUCAGUCUGAAUGGUCCUGUCCUUAUCUCAUCAUUACCAGAAAUUGUUGUUGAGACAAUGGAACAUAAUGGAGAGCUAUUACUCAGUAAGGAUUUCCUUAAGGACUGUGUGGAACAUUUCUCUGUUCCUUCAAAUGGAUUUGGAGCAAAUGCCCGGACGUUUGUUUCAAAGCAUCUUAAUAUAGUUGAUCCGCUGAAAGAGAACAACAACCUUGGUCGCAGUGUAAGCAAAGGGAGCUUUUUCCGCAUUAGGAGUGCAUUUUCUUUUGGUGUACGUAAGCUUGAGAAAGUCCUCUCUGACCCAGAGAUGGACAUAGCUGAUGAACUUAGUGAAAUUUUCUCAAACACACUGGAUCGGCAUGGAAAUGGUCAGAGGCCAGAUGUUCAGGACUUGAUACCAGUAUCAGGACAUAAUAACGUUGACAUACAUCGGGAAGAAGAUUCAUUAGGCAGAGUUUUGAAUGAAGUACAGCAAGGCUCUGCAAGAUAUUCAGGAAUCAUAGAAGUGGAGAAUCCUACAAAUUCCCCUAUGUCAGAUGUUCUUUCGUCUUCUUAUGGUCAAGCAAAUGAGCUUGCUACAUUCCAAAGUUCUGUUAAAUCAAAUGGCUCGCUUAAGUCUUUGUCUUUGAGCAGCUCAGUACAGUCUUCCCUGUCAGGUAAAGCAUAUCAUGCUCCUCAUCUUUAUUUUUCACGAUCAUCAACAGAGACGGGGGAGACAAGAGAUGGGGAUGCUGGCCAGGAGCACACUGAACAACCUGGAAAUGACGUGGUGCCUUCUGUUGCUUUGCAAUCAGAUGAUGCAGAACCAUGUGUUUUUGCUGAUCGCAACUGGGAUGAGAAUCAGCUCAGUAGAAGUCAUGCUGUUCCGUCCCCUGCAGGAUCAAAAAAGCUCUCUUCAGGUUUGAGUCCCUCAUCUUGGACAUCUGACGAUACUUAUUCUGGCUACCCUGGUGUUCAAGCCUCAUGUCAUAUUUCUAGAAGCACUGGACAACUGAAUUCUCUGUCGGAUCUAAGUGGAGACCAUGAGAGCAACAUGAGGAGUUUGCAGUAUGGCCGGUGGUGCUAUGGAUAUGCCUUGAGUGGACAAGUUUCUCAUGUUUCUCCAUCAUACUUUCCACAGUUCCCAGUAAAAAAUUCGUGGGAAGUGGUACGAAGGUCAAUGCGCCACAUUUCUCAGAUAAGUGCCAAUGGUUCUGUCACAGGACAACCGUUAUAUAACAUAAAGUCGCCAAUUGUAGCUAAUGCUCCCUUUGGCAUGGAAGAUAUGUCAAAACCGCGUGGAACAGGAACAUACUUCCCAAACACGAACCACUACAAGGAUAGAAACUCAAUGGGAAGGGGAAGGAAUCAUGCACCGGUGAGGUCUCCUCGCAGCAAUGGUCGCACUUUGACACCCUUGGAGACAAAUUUCUCUGAACGAAGUAAUGAGUUUUCACAAACGCAUGGGAAGUCUUGGCCCCCUGAUUUAAACAGUGGUUCCCCUAUAAGAAGACCUUAUUCUACUAGCAAUGGAUCUUUGCAACCUUGUGAAGGCUCAGUAGAGUUUGGUUCUUUUGGACAUCAACAAUUGGCAACACCUCUGCCCCUGUCCCUGGAGAGAGGUAGGCAACCAAUCUCUGUAUCAGCACCACCUCCAAGAACUAGCGCAGGCCAUUCAACACCAGGUGCUGCAACUGAAUGGCCAUCAGUUAAUGGAUUGAAACAAGAUAGGAUCUCUCUACAGUCUUACCAUUUAAAAGAUGAAGAUGAUUUCCCACCUUUGACAGAGUCUGCAGGGAAGGGAUGAGCUGUAUGUAUUGUUCAAACUGAGUACCAGUUAGUUGGAUUGUAAAUGUUAAACCGAUUAGCCUGAGUUUGUGCUUUUGAUCUCAUGGUUUCCUCAGAACCAUCUGAUGCUGGCCCUAUGAGUUUUACACCGGCCGUGUGAUCUAGAGGCUUUUGUACCAUUCACCAACUUCUUUUUUUGGGCUAGGUUCCAUGUUAGCUUCACGUCACGUGAUACACAUAAUUUUAUAGGGUGCUUGAGCUGGGGUUUGAUUCAGGUACCAUUGUUACAUGUUUAGGUGAAUGCCAUAUCGGUGUACUUGUUCCUGAUAUCUGAUGCAAUUAUAAUGAAAACCGGUUCCUUUGCUGAACCAACCGGGCAUUUCUUGUA